AUGAGGCGCGCGUACGUCUUCCUGUCUGACUUCAGCACCACAAUAACAGGACAGCUCCGCUCACAUCUCCCAUGCUAUACGUAUCCCUGGCAGCCUCCCCAUCACAGAGCGCGCUCCCUGCUCCUACCUAUGUAGCCCUCCUCUCUCGUUGUCUCCUAUUUCCUUCCAACCACCCUCCCCUCGCUCGUUUUCCUCUCAUUCCCCCACCCAUCCCCCAGUCUGUGCAUUGGCUGCUGCCUUGUGCAGUCUCUCCUGGAUCCGACUGCAUCAAACCGCAGGAACCCCACCAAUCAAGGAGGCUGCAGAGACUGAGCCCGAACACAUCAAACCCGUGACUGAUAUUCGUCCAUACAAGAGAUGCGUGAUUGCGCCUGAGGGGCCACUGUGAGGAGCUGUCAUUGGGCGCUGCCCCUGGGACUAUUUUUCGUUGCUGCGGGACUAUACACAUCAGCCUGUGCACUUACCUUGGGGUGAAUCUCGGCCUGUGCCUCAAGUUGCCCUCUGUGCUGUCUCUGUGCGUCUCCUACUAUCAGGGUGUGUCGGUGUAUGACUCGCUUUCACUUCUUCCCUUCUCUCAUUGAAGAUGGCGGAUCGAGCUGAGAUGUUUUCUCUCUCCACCUUCCACUCCCUCUCCCCACCAGGCUGCAGACCAUCACAAGACAUCAGUCUAGAGGAAUUUGAUGAUGAAGAUUUAUCAGAAAUUACAGAUGACUGUGGAAUUGGAUUGAACUAUGACUCAGACCACUGUGAUAAGGAAGGUCUGGGGUUUGGGCGCUGUGAUCCCUCCCGUGCUCUCUGCAGCUUUCAGGAGGAUUUCCAAGAGUUUGAGAUGAUUGAUGAGGAGGAAGAUGAGGAAGAAGAGGAGGAGGAGGAGGAAGAUGAACUUCCAGUGCAAGAGAACACAAAGAAACUGGAGGCUCCACGAUCCCCAAGUCCAUCCCCUCUCCUACUUGAGGACUCUUUCAAAAAUAGACCAAACACUUUGGGAUUCAUUGCUCCUCGAUCUCAGGACACACUGAACAACAAUGGUGAAUUUAUUCCUCAAAGAGACAGUUGGCCAGAUCCUGGGAGAAAUGAGAAAGAGUUGGACUCCCAGUCCGAGGUCACGCAGCCCGAGCAAGAUAGCUGCCAAGUUUCUGACAGUGACACAGUAACAGAGCUGGAGAUGAAAGAUGACGGUUAUGUGCCCCCCUCUCACAAUCAGGUCCAGUCCACCCAUGGAAGCUUGAGGAGAGUAGGUUCAGAGCUGAGAGUAUCCUCACCCUCUCGAGAUCAGAAUGAUGAUAUGAGUCCAGACAGGAGAGCAAGCACACGGGGUCAUCCUUCCAGUUCCUCCAAUGAAACUACAUCUCCUUCUUCAGAUCCUGGAAUUGAGGCUGAUUUGACCAGUCAUGGACGUUUCAUUCCCUCUGGGCACUGCAGCCAGGAUCUCAGUUCUCCUGGCUCUGAUUCAGAUGUAGAAGGGGAGAUUGAAGCAGCCUUUGCCUGUGAAGCUGGCAGGCUGGUAGGAAAUAUGAUUUCCUCUAUCUCAGAAACAGAGUUGGAUCUGACCAGUGAGUCAAGCAGUGGACGCUCCUCCCAUCUCACUAACUCUAUUGAAGAGGCUAGCUCUCCCACCUCUGACCCUGAGCUGGAUCAUGUGCUAGAUGGUGGCCGUGAAGGUUUAAAAGAAGCUAUCCUCUUGGACAAGGAAGAGGAGAUUAACCCAAGAGUGGUUGAAAUAGAAGAAAAGUACAGUUCCUGGAACAUAGAUGAGGAAGCUCCACUCCAGGAAGAACCAACAAAAAACACAGAACGCAGUCUGGAAAGCUUACGGCGCUCAUUCUACUUGCCUGUUGGUCCGAAGCUGCUGCCAGAACCAGAGGCAAACAGUGAGUAUGAGUCAGACUCAGAAUCAGAGGCUGAUUUCAGUGAAGAUUCAGAUUCUCCCUGGCUGCUCAGUAAUCUUGUGAAUAAAAUGAUUUCUGAGGGCUCAUAUCCAAUUACCUGCCCAGAUGAAUGUUUCCAGAGACAGACCAGCCCUUCUUGCGACACACUUUCCCCUGCUUCUGAUUUGGAUCCUGAGGCAGUUGAGCCAGAACUCGAAACCGAGUUUAGUAUCUCUAAAGAUAUGUCUACAGAGUUGGAGAUAACAGAACAAAGCAUAGAGUUAGUCGAUAUGGAGACCCUGCAAAACUCUCUAAACCACCUGGAAAAGGAAGACUCAGGCCCUGCAUUGUAUGUUAUGCAUGACUCAUGUGACACAGUCACUCCCAUUUUUGAAGGACUUCCACACCACUUGGAGGAAUUAUCACACACAACAAAAUGCAGAACACAAUCUCCUGUACAUAGAUCUGAGCAAAAAUUAUGGAAUGGAAGACAAGAAACUAUGCAGGAGCCAGCAGAAGGCUGGGAUAUUGACCGUGAUCUGGAUUCUGGCAUUCUUCUUGACAAUGACUUUUGUGAUGACCUUUGCCAAGAACUGGACCAAAGCCAACCCAACUCAGAUAUCUCCACAGCUAAAACCAACCGUGGCUUUAACUUGGAGUACCCUGGGGAGAAAGAUGAUGAGAUUCCUUACUACAGAAGCUUAAAAAACUCUCCCUUUGAGAAUUCUGUUGUAGAGGAAAAUUUCUUGGAACCCCCUUUAACUGAAACACGUUUGAUGGAUGACUCGUUAGCUUAUGACUCUGUAAAAUACACAUUAGUGGUAGAUGAGCACACACAACUGGAGCUAGUUAGUCUACAAAGGUGUACAUCCAUAUUAAGUGAUGGCAGUGACCUAUUGAACACAUGCAACCCCUGUGACCUAGAAGAAGACGAGUUUGGUGAUGAAGUCGAUGUCCAAGAACAAGAGUCUUCAUCGGGAGAUUCAUCUCCAGAACCGAACAUGCCUUUUUCCAAGAAAUUUCUAAAUGUGUUUGUGAACAGCACAUCCCGGUCAUCUAGCACAGAUUCCUUUGGGUUAUUUUCCUGUGUAAUAAAUGGUGAAGAGCGAGAACAGACACACAGAGCUGUGUUCAGGUUUAUUCCUCGUCAUGAAGAUGAGCUGGAACUUGAUGUAGAUGAUCCUUUGCUGGUAGAGUGUGAAGAUGGCUCAUGGUGUCGUGGCUAUAACAUGAGAACAGGAGAAAGAGGAAUCUUCCCCGCAUUUUAUGCCCAUGAGGUUGUCUGUCCUGUGAAGGAGACUGUUGUGCUCAAAGGAAACUCACCUUGGGUUCAGAUGUUUGAUGCUCAGUUUCUGGGAUCUGUGGAGGUUCCAAAUCAUCAAGGCAAUGGUAUCCUUUGUGCAGCCAUGCAGAAGAUUGCAACUGCGAGGAAACUGACAGUACACCUAAGGCCCCCUGCCAGCUGUGAACUCGAAAUCUCUCAUCGUGGAGUGAAACUUAUCCUGAGAGGCAAUGACAGGCCAGAGGACGAGCGUUGCAGUCACUUUUUCCAAAUGAAGAAUAUUUCCUUCUGUGGAUGUCAUCCUCGCAACAGCUGUUACUUCGGCUUUAUCACAAAACAUCCUGUGCUGAAUCGCUUUGCCUGUCACGUCUUUGUGUCCCAAGAUUCCAUGCGACGUGUGGCCGAGGGUUUGGGCCGGGCAUUCCAAGAAUUUUAUCAAGAAAAUGUGGAGUUCAGUUGUCCCACAGAAGAUAUUUAUCUGGAGUAACCAGUGGCUUGUAAAUAAACAGAUGGAAUCCAGGGCAAUAUUGAGAUAAUUCCUAAUGUCAUACUUUCAGCAAGAACACCAGGGGCAGUGAGCCUGCAUGAACCCUGAACUUAGACUUCCCCCAGUCCUUUUAGUAAGGAAUUAUUAUUUCACUGGUACAAGGCAUCUCUCAUUUACACCAUCUGUUUCCUGCUAAGAGCAUCCCAUGUUAGCCUCUCUCUUUAUCGCUAAUGACUGCAAAGCUUGUCAACCCCCUCCCCUUCCAGCUAGAAACUGCAGAGUAUCUACUGUAAUUUUAGCCCACUCAUCCAUACCAGCAUAUUGUGCAUAUUCACUCCUUCACUCUCACAAAGCACUAAAGCUCCACAUGUGUCUGAUUGCUGCAACACAAGUAAAGAGCAUCCUCUGGUCAGCUCCCUUACCAACCUUCCAAGUACUAUCCAUGAUUCAGUUGCUUAUCACUGAAGAUUAUUGCAGAUGGGCUGAACAUUGCACCUUAACUGCUGCAGACUGGUGAAGAACAUCAAGUACAACCCUUCACCACACAAUCACAUACAUAUUCAUUCUUCUAGUCCUUGUUUAAGCGGAUGAUGUUUUGGGGAAAGUCUUGUUUUUCUUGUAGUUUCCUUAUUUAUGCUCAAACAGAUCUGCACCUCACAACACCAUAGACAAUGACUCUGCUAUUAGUUCGGUAACCCCUUAACUCCUUUUGAACUUUUUGCCCAAGCUUGGCUAAGUUAUACAUUAAUUACUCUGUUUCCAUUUGUGAUAUUUGGAAGCUCAUGACUCUGCUAUCCCCAUGUACAAAAUGUGACCUGCAGCUCAUUGUUUCAAAAACCUCACAGGUGAUCAGCAGAUCAUUGCACAAAACUACAGGUUCAUUGUUCUGCAGGUCACAGCUUGCCUAUUUAGCAGUUGAAAUCAUUAAAUGUUUUCACUUGUUUAGGAGCAGCAUAUCAUCUCCUUGUACAGUAGUUCUGACACUGGGAUCUACACCAUGGCAAGCAUUGAGAGAGAACCAAACCAUCUUAGGUAUCUAGAGACUAUAGUUUAUAUAUAAUAUGGUUUAAUAUGGUUCAAGGGUAACAAAGGUAAAUGAAGAAUAUAAUGCAAACAGGCUUAAUAUUCUAGACGAGUAUAAUGAUAAAAUACAUUAUGACACAGGCACAAAAAUCGAAUUGUAUACCAGUGCUCAUUUCUAAUCAACAAUGGAAUUUGAUUUUAGGCUGAAAUCAUUAUAAGAAUAUACUUUUAUUCAUUUUAGAUAAUAUGGUAUAAGCUUCCCCCCUCAGUCUCUAGAAACUCUAGAAAACAUAUAACUAUCUGCAAUAAAUGGACUGACUUGGCUUCAAUGUGCCUGCAAGUAAUGUGUAAACCAAUGGUAAUUAAAAGUCAUCUAGAACAGAGCAAAGUUACCACAAACCACAUUCAGAUGCUGGGAGUUAUAGUUUAACAGUGCCUAGAGGGAUGUAGAAUGGGCACCCUGACCUCAUGUGUCAAAAGUGGGUGUGCAAUAUGUUUUCAAGGCAUGUGAAGAUAAACCAUAAGCAUGCUUGCAUGUUUAUAUAUUUUUCCUCCAUUUUCGUAACCCUUUGUAAAUCUGGGCCAUAGACUGGGAAAAAUGAAAAAGAAAACUAUACCUGAAAUACAAUAUCCGUGUCCUGACUCACAGAGGGGCAAAUUCACUAAGUGCCGAAAAUGCGCUAGCGACGCCUUCGCCGCACUUCGCCAGGGCUACACUAAUUCACUAAAAUCUGAAGU